AUGGACCACCAUGAUGCGGCCGUUGAGAAAAUUUCGAGCACAGUCAAGGCAUUCCACGAACAGAAACAGCCAUUCCGAAUCUACCAUGGCAGCACAAACACUACUCGCCGGUCAACCCGAUCGGUAGACACUGUGGUUGACUUGAGCGAAUUAAACCGUGUCCUUGCCAUCUCUGCCGACAAAAGCACGGCCAUCGUCGAGCCCAAUGUUCCUAUGGAUGCCCUUGUGGCUGAGACGCUCAAGCAUGGUCUGGUCCCUCCAGUCGUCAUGGAAUUCCCUGGUAUUACUGCAGGGGGUGCCUUUUCUGGCACAGGUGGAGAAUCAAGCAGCUUUCGAUGGGGGACGUUUGAUCGGAUUGUAAACAGAAUCGAAAUUGUGCUGGCAAACGGCGAUGUUCUGUGGGCAAGUGAGGACGAAAACUCGGAUCUUUUCACCGGGGCUGCGGGGUCCUUCGGUACUCUCGGCAUCGUUACACUCCUCGAGGUUCAGCUCGUACCGGCCCUGAGCAAGCUUGUUGAGCUCACCUACCAUCCCGUCCAGAGCGUGGGAGAAGCUAACAAAAAGCUCCACGGUUUCUGCGUGACAGACCCAAAAUGGGACUACGUCGAUGGCAUCAUGUUUAGCAAAGAUUCGGGAGUCAUUACUACAGGGAGACUCAUGACCGAGGGCGACGAAAGCCUAGUGACGGCUCGGUAUAUGCGCGCAAGCGAUGAUUGGUAUUACACCAACGUUCAGAUGAAACUCGCCUCGAAGACGGGCGGGUGGGUAGACAUUGUCCCUAUCCAAGACUAUCUCUUCCGUUACGACCGUGGUGCUUUCUGCUCUUCGCCUGCCGUUUAA